AUGAUUUGGUCUCAGUUCCCUCCCGAAAUCAAAUACAUGAUUCUUGAAGCCCUAACAGAUGACAAGAACCGCAGAGUAUCCAAUGCUGCUGUCGUGUCGCGGGAGUGGCAGGCUGUUAUCGAGCCACACAACUUUGCAUAUAUACGAGUCACGUCCCAGCGCAUCGCCCAACUCAAUGCCAUGACGCAGCGCAACCGGGAUCAUGUGCGUUAUAUAUGGUUCUGUAUAGAGCUUGAGCGAUACGACUGCCGCAAGUGCAAUUCUUUUGACUCUAGAGGCUUUCAGACAAGCAAAAGCGAGAACAAGCUCAUCUUGGAAUCAUUCCAGUCGCUGUUCACAGCUUUGGCCACGUGGGAGCCAAAUGGGAGCCUGACCCUCGACAUUAGCCUGUAUUCGAAGAGCGAUAAUGAGCACGCAUUCAAGUACCUAACCUUUAUUCCAGACGCUAUGGGACACCAGGUCGGGCCGAUUCUCGAUCGUCUCUUUGGACAUGUCUUUCUCCCCAUCAAGGAUGAACGAAAGUGUUGGGCGCAGACACCAAAGGUUCCGGCCGUGACACGCCUUGAAAUGAGGCUACAGACUUAUCGCCGAUGGGAGACGUUUACGGUCUCCCAGAUUCUUUCCCACCUUCCUAACCUACGUGAGUUCCACUAUGAGAUAUGGAUGCAGUGGUUUCCCGAGAUGCACGAGACCUGGAAUGGAUCGUUGCUUGCACUUCUUUCGGCUACCGAAGGGCUGAGCAAGUUAACAAUCUUUGAAAACUCCAACCAACAAUACCCGCUCUAUUUUCUAAAACAAAACUCGCCAGCCCAUGCUCCCACUAUUCAUCUCAGUCGGAAGCUUGCCCAAGUGAAUCUUGGCGUAGAAGUUCUCUCAGCGUCAUUCAUGGUGGAUGCUGCAGAGUUUUUCUCUGAAUGUUCAACUUGGCCGAACCUAAGCCAUCUUACCCUUACUUCACAGCUUCUAGGGCCCACAACAUGUCCUACAAAGAUUAUGGACCUCUUUCAAGCAGCAGCAUCUGCAGCUUGUCACAUGCCCAAGCUCAAGAUGAUGGAGAUAUGGUAUGGACGAGAGGGGCUGGCAGCUUUAUUCAAGUAUGAGUUUAUCAUUGGUCAUUUGCGGCAGUCUGUUGUUACUUGGCGAGCAACAUGGGAUAUGAAUAUACAGCCUCGAGUGAUUGAGGCGUGGGAGGGAGUUGUGUGCAGCCGUGGUGGAUAUCCUGGCGGCGUCGAUGUGGUAUAUGAGACGGUCAACGAGCACAUCACAACACAUGUUGAUGUGAUUGUCAGCCUGGGGCUAUCAGAGACAGUGCUCCGCCCAAUCUCUUUGCAGCAGAUUAAGAGAGAGCAGAGCUUUGUUGAAUCUUUGACAGCCUAG